CUAGACAGGUCUUGCGUCUGAGUUUACAGUUCCCAUUCCCGCUGCCAUUGAUCCCACACGCGCGGUAGAAUUACGACGUCACAAUGUUUGUGGAGUUGCUAAUAUUUCUUCUAACAUUUUUAAUAGCUUAUUAUCUAUAUUUUUAUUAUAAAAUACACGAUUUCUUUAAAAAGAGAGAUGUUAAAUUCGUGCCCGGUAUUCCUAUGUUCGGAAAUGUGUUUCAAAGUUCCAUUUUGAAGAAGCACCUUUGGGAAGAUGUCGACGCUGUCUACAGAGCUUUUCCGGACGAAAAAUAUGUCGGAUUCAUCGAAGGCACUGUACCUGUAAUCCUUAUCAGGGAGCCAACGUUGAUAAAAGCAAUUACUGUUAAGGACUUCGAUCACUUUGUCAAUCACAAGGAUUUCUUUGACAAAGAUAUGGAGCCCUUAUUUGCAACCAGUUUGAUACAGAUGAAAGACGACAGAUGGCGCGAUAUGCGAGUAACCCUCAGUCCAGCGUUCACCGGCUCCAAAAUGAGACAAAUGUUGCCGUUCAUGACUGAAAUCAGCAAGAAUAUUGUUGACUAUAUUAAAGAUCAUCCUUCAAAUGAAAGCCACGUAGACGACCUUGUUCGUCGGUAUACCGUCGACGUCAUAGCAUCAGCCGGCUUCGGUCUCCAAAUCAACUCUCUUAAGGACAGAGACAACGAUUUCUUUAGACUGGGAUCAAACUUAUUCAACUUCAGCUACAAGCAGAGGGUUGUAGAGUUUUUAUCUAAUCAUUGUCCGAUAAUUGGCAAGAUAUUUGGACUCAAAUUAUUCUCACAAGAGACAAUGGACUUUUUCAAAAACACUGUUCGAGAUACAAUUAGUUAUAGAGAGAAGAACAAUGUUGUGCGACCUGACAUGAUUCACCUGUUGAUGGAAGCUACCAAAGGAACUUUGAAAGAUAGUGACAAUGAGAAAGAUGAUGCUAGUUUUGCCGCAACUGAAGAGGGUUUAAAAUCUCGGAACGUUACCAGAGAAUGGACUGCAAGGGAAAUAACUAGCCAAGUGUUCAUAUUUUUUGCGGCUGGUUUCGAGAGCACAGCUGGAGUAAUAACCAUGUGCAUUCACGAGUUGGCUUUGAAUCCAGAGGUGCAAGAGAAGUUGUAUCAGGAACUCAGAAACUUUAAGGAGGAACACAAAACUUUGACGUAUGAAAAUUUGAGCAAGAUGAAAUAUUUGGAUGCUGUAGUUACUGAAACAUUGAGGAAAUGGUCAAUUGCUAUUUUUAUGGAUCGUGUUUGCAGUAAACCAUAUGUACUACCACCACCGAGAGAAGGAGGAAAGCCAUAUCAAAUAAGACCCGGUGAUAUUGUAUACAACAUGGUGAAUAGUAUACAAAUGGACGAAAAAUACUAUCCACAGCCUGAAGUAUUUAAUCCCGACAGGUUUUCUGACGUUAACAAAGCUAACAUAACACCAACUACCUACGUGCCUUUUGGUAAUGGCCCAAGAAAUUGCAUUGGUUCCAGAUUUGCAUUGAUGGAGCUCAAAGUGCUAAUAUCUGAUCUGGUAUCGAACUUCAAGAUACUCAAAAGCAAGAAGACCUCAGAUCCUAUUCGUCUUCAUCACAAUGAUUUUAAUAUCAAAGCUCUAGGGGGUACAUACGUUAAAUUUGAGCCUAGAACAUACAAUUUAGUUUAUUAAUAUUGCAUUUUUAUCGACUAUAAUUCGAAUCUCAAAUUAUGAAUAAGUUAACUGUUACAAUAUUUAAUUUAGUUUAAGUUUUGUGUGAAAUAUUAAAUCAGGAUAAGUAUUUAAAAAUAUUUACAAAGUUUUAUACUUCUUUAUGAUACAUGAAAGUCGACUUUUAAUUUUCUAAAGUACUUAAUACUUUAGUAGUCUCCGGCUAGGUCUUUUAGACUUCAAUAUCAAAUUGGAAAUUCUUUAAAAAUAAUAUAUCUGUUGGACUCGUUACUGGAAUUGGUAGAAACUAUUAAUACUGAAAUAAAAAUAAAUACAUAAAUCGAUAUAAUAUGUUUUACACAUAUUAUAUCGAUAAAAUAAAUUUGGUUUUUGGAUUUCAUAAUGAAAGUGUGAUUAGUUCUUCAAUCUAAAAAAAACUCUGAAGUUAAAAUCUAAAGAUAGAAAUAAUAAGAACAAGUAACAUGUUUUUUACGAUAUAAUAAUCUUUACAUUUUAAUAUUUAAUUGUCAAAAUAUUGUUAUACAUUAUUAUAAUAAAUAAGAGAAAAUGUA